AUGAGACUCCUCCAUACGCGCACACUGGAGCUGAAGAGCUUCUUCGAGAACAUCCCUCCGUACGCAAUUCUGUCUCACUGUUGGGAAGAGGAGGAAGUCGUCUUCUCUGAUCUAGCAGAUCUUGAUGCAGCAAAGAAAAAGCUGGGUUUCCCCAAAAUCGAGAAAACCUGUGCGCAAGCUGUCAAAGAUGGUUUUGAGUGGUGUUGGGUUGACACUUGCUGCAUCGACAAGUCCUCCAGCGCAGAGCUUUCUGAGGCAAUCAACUCGAUGUUCAGCUGGUACAGGGAGUCGGCAAAGUGCUACGCGUACCUCGCAGAUGUUGGGGGUCCGAGUGAGUUCGCGAACAGCAAGUGGUUCACCAGGGCGUGGACAUUACAAGAGCUGCUCGCCCCGAGUCACAUCCAGACAGAUGAUCAAACCGGCAUGGAGUUCUUCUCUCGAGAUUGGAAGCGUCUGGGUAGCAAAGGCGGCCUUGGAUCCCGAAUUUCCGAAAUUACUGGGGUUCCGAGAGAGUACCUGGAGAGACUCAGUCUGGACAGAGCUAGCAUCAGCAUGCGCAUGUCUUGGGCUGCGGAUCGACAAGCAACCAGGGCAGAGGAUGUCGCCUACUCUCUUCUCGGAAUAUUCGAUGUCAACAUGCCGCUACUUUACGGCGAAGACGACUACAAGAAGAAAUCAUGA